AUGGAAUACCAAAAUGCUCUCGCGGCCAUUCGCGCUCAACAAUCUGCGCACCCACUCUCAAUCAUCGCGCUCGCCGAGCCCAUUGCCACGUCGCAAACACAACCGCAAAAGCACUCAGACUCGCAAUCGCGGCCUUCAGAUGCUCUGUCUACGUCAGAGACCGAAUCAAAUCUGCAGCUUACGCCCGCCACCCUCAUCGCCGAUCUAGCCCACUACAAGGAUCUCUUCUCCAAACUCCGCUUCAGCUACCUCGAACAAGUUACCAAGGAGAAAUACCUACGCAGCAUUGUGGGCGAUCCCCCCCUCGUCGUCAGCCAUGAAGACAACUUGGCUCUGGAGGAGAGGUUGGCGGUCAUGAAAGGAGAGCUGAAGACGAAAAAGGACGAGGUCGAUGCGUUGGUCAAAGAGAUGGAGGGGCGAGCGAGGGAUGUUGCGCGUGCUUAUGACAGCGUCACAGAGGGGUUGGACGUCUUAGAACGUGUUCCUGCUGAGAUUGAGACCUUGAGGGCAGAGGUGGAGAGCUUACAAGCCGAGAUUGCUGCGCGACAAGGCGACGACGACAGCGCUCACCCUGGAAGCAGCGGCGAUCCAAGGAUGCACCUCUCGCUCAUGGCCACGGAACAAGCCCUCAUGGAACAACGAGAGCGUAAUGCCCAAAUCGAUCGGCAGAUAGCAGAACUCCAAAAACAGAUGCCCGCGAAGCUGCGCGAGGUGGAGAGAAUGGAUCGCGAGCUGGCUGACUUGGAGAAAAGACGAAAUGAGAGCACGAAGCUGGCGAUCGAGGGAAGGAGAAGGCGUGAGCAAGGAGGCAGGGACGAGGUGGAGGAGUUGGGGAGAUGGUACAGGGCGAAUGAGGCUGUCAUGAAGGGAUUGCUAGGGGUGGAGGGAACUCAUGGUUCCUGA